AUGCCUACCAUCGCAGGCUCCGUCGUUCUCGUCACAGCAGGUACAUCUGGGCUUGGUCUCAGUGCAGCCACCAAAAUUGUCCAACUCGGUGCAAAUGUUGUGAUAAACUACGCCUCUAGCAAAGACCGUGCCAACAGCGCGGUUGCUCACCUUCAGGAAUUGUCUAGUGACCAAGAACCUUCUCCCAAGGUUAUCGCAAUUCAAGCCGACGUCACUAAGAAAAUCGAGAUCCAGCGCCUCGUAGCCGAAACUGUCGAGGCUAUGGGCAAGCUUGACGCCGUGGUAUCCAACGCCGGUUGGACUCAAUUCGCCAACUUUAUGGACCUUGAUGACAAUGUUGAUGAAGAUGUUUGGGAUAAGUGCUAUGCGGCCAACGUCAAGUCACAUUUGUUUUUAUGUCAUGCCGCGAAGAAGUAUCUUGAGAAUGCAAAUGGUUCAUUUGUUAUGACUUCUUCUGUUGCCGGAGUCAAGCCCAGUGGAAGCUCAAUUGCAUACUCAGUUACGAAAGCUGCACAAAUUCAUCUGGCAAAGUCGUUGGCUAUGGUGAUGGCGCCGUCAAUUCGCGUAAACGCCGUGUCUCCGGGAUUCAUGGAAACGAACUGGAUCGCCGGUUUUCCACAGUCAAAGAUUGAUGAGGCAAGGGGGAAAACCUUGCUUAAGCGAAUCACCCAGGUUGAUGAUGUGGCCGAUCAGAUAGUUCUUCUUAUCAAGUCGGAGUCUAUCACGGGCGCGAACGUCGUUAUCGACUCUGGCUUCUCUGUAUGA